AUGUCGCCCACUCCGGCCCACCUGACGUGCUGGAUCCUGUCUUUCUUUAUCCUCGCUACGGGCGCCAGGGCGCAGUCGCAAUGCCAGACAGAUGACUGCUACAAUGCUUUAUUCCCAUGCGAAAACUCCCAGGCCGUGGCAGAAGCCCUCGGUUUCUGCUCGACCGUGGGAUACUAUGGCGUAACCAAUUUCCCGCCGAGGGCAACAGACGCAUGUGGCACUGCCGACAAAAGGCCAUACAGCUCCGCUUGUGCUUGUCCCCCGUCUUGUGCCUCCGUAACUUCCUCGGUUGUAACUACGAUGCUUUCGGCCGGGUCUUCGACCGUACCAACGACGCUCACUACAUCCGUUGUUAUUACAGACACCGAUAGCUCGUUGUCUUCCAUGUCUGCCACUGGGACACUCCCUUCAGACUCAUCGGCAACCACACUCACUGGCAGUAGCUCCACGGAUGAUACAGGGUCAGGAACAUCUUCACCAGCAUCGCUUGUGACCACACCUACUGGCACUCUGGCCUCCGUCCGACCCACAGACGCACUCACUGGCCCAUCUUUUUCAGCUUCGCUUUCCGCCACGUUUGGCGACACGAGCUCUGCUGCUUCUAACGGUGCAGGUUCUGACACAUCUGCUCCUACAACGUCUCUUUCAGGCUCGCUCUCGAGCACACUGUCUGUCCUAAGCUCUGUUCCAUCACAAGGUCCAGAUACUGGUACGUCUCCUGCUGGCUCACCUACAGACACGACUCCUGGCGAAAGCUUUACGGCAUCAACUGGUCCAGGCUCGGAUACAUCCUCGUUAGCUUCACUCACAGACGCCCUCUCUGGCACAGCCUCUGCUUCAUCGGUAGAUACCGCUACGAACGUAUCUCCUACAGGUUCACUCACCACCACAAGGGGCAUAAUAUCUACCGACUCUAGCAGUGGAAGCUUGAUCGCAUUUCCCCCCACUUCUAUCACAGAUAACCUCUCUGCCACGGUCUCUGCUUCAUCAGUGGAUACAGCUUCAGGGACAUCUUCUGCAGGUCCGCUAACAGACACGCUUUCCGGAACAAGCCCUACCGAAUCAGCCGGUCCCGUCACAGGAACUCCCUCAAGCCCUUCGCUAUCCCCCCUCACCUCCAGCAUUCCAGCACCUACCGGCACGGCUUCACAGCCCGCAGGACCGGAUUCCAGCUCACCAGGCACCACACCCACCGGCCCGUCGUCUUCCCCAACUUUCUAUUCUGCCACGUCCCGUCCUACGGACGACGCAUCAGCAGCCCAGACUACAGAUGGAGUGAGCCCCUCGACAUUGUCUGCUUUCAACACAUCCGGUCUCUCCUCUGCGCUCUCUGCACUACCCGCUGUAUCCUCCGGCAUGUCGCUUUCCACGGGGGUUUCUGGGAUUCCAUCCGACUCUGGCGUGCCCCUGUGGACCAACAUGUCGUCAUACCCCUCGACAUUCGCGACGUUCACCUCGUCGGACCUGUCCAGCUUGGCGUCGUCGUUGACGCUGACAGGAUCUUCUGACCUGUCCUCCGUGCUGGGUUCCACGUCUUCUGGCUUGUUCCUGACUCUGACCGACUCGGUCAGCCCUACCGCUACCGAGGCAUCCUCCUCUGUGACUGGCACCAUUGACAUCUCCUUGUCGGGUGUCAUUGGGCCAUCCGUGACCAGUGCUGUGGACACUCCCCUGCCAGGAGCUACCGAGUCCGGUACGACGCUGAUCGAGCCCUCUGAGUUCUGGCCCUCUGUAACGAGCGCCGUGGACACCCCUAUCCCCGGCUCAAUGGGAUCCUCCAUCCCGGGCGAAACUGGAACAUCCAUAUCCGAGCCAUCAGUCUACUUCCCCAACUCAACGGCUAUCUCAACCCCAACGAUAGGCCUGCCCUCUCCUUCGGCCUCGACGUCUAUCUCAACCCCAACGGUAGGCCUGCCCUCUCCUUCGGCCUCGACGUCUAUCUCAACCCCAACGGUAGGCCUGCCCUCUCCUUCGGCCUCGACGUCUAUCUCGACCCCAACGGUAGGCCUGCCCUCUCCCUCGGCCCCGUCAGCAUCGGCGCCCACCGACACCGACACCGUCCCCAUCAUCUCCGGGACCACGCCGCCCAGCAGCGCCCCCACCUCCGGCAGCGGCGCCUGCAACCCAACCCCCUACGACACCGGUCUAAUCGAAAACGGCGACUUCGAGCUCGGGCUCUCCCCCUGGUCAAUCGACCUCGUCGACAUCUUCAGCACAUCCUACAACCUAACCACCCCGGGGGUCAACAACUCCUGCCGCGCCUUCACGACGACCAUGUCGCACAACCCCGAGACGCCCAACCUGCAGACCAACAUCCGGCUGAUCGCGGACCUGGUGUCUCACAUGCCAUUUACUAAAUGGACGGUGUCUUUGAGCAUUCGCUUCGCGGCGAGCAAUGCCGCUUAUGUGACUGUGUUUCUGAAUGAUGCCAGUUUCACUACUAUUGAUUCCGAGGAUUAUGGUUUUGGUGGUGAGGAUGGGGGAUGGAAUGUGGUUAGUUUUCCUUAUACGGCGCAGGAUAAGUUGUUGAGGCUUAUCCUGGCAGUUAAUUUGGAUACGGCGGUGUAUAAUGUUGUGGAGAUUGAUCGGGUUUCUAUCGUUCCGUUCGUGGAGGGGGAGCCGAUGAUUACGAGGCGGGCUUGA